CUGACGGUCCUCUCUCCUCCAGCUCAGUGUCUCCAGAGGACAGCUCCAGGCAGCCUCUGGGCUGCUCCACCAGGCCGUAGUCGUGGCUCAUCAGACCCACAACCAUCAGGCCGUCAUCUACGCCUACAGUCUGGUAAACAGCCUCUCUCAGCUCUCAGGUGUCCUCAGCUCUACAGCUCUCUAACCCUCACCCUCACCCUCAGAUGGCGAACCUGGCCUACGUUCAGGGUCAGCUGGACCACGCAGAAAAACUCUUCAAAGCAGCGAUGAGCUUCAUGCUGUCAGGAGGAACUCCAGAGGACGAUAACGCUAUCAUCGAGAUGUCUCUGAAACUCGCCACCAUCUACGCCGAACAGAACAAGGCGGAGCUUGCAGAGCACGGGUUCAGGUUCUGUACGGAGUCUCUGGAGGCCAAACUGCAGAAACAUAAAGAAACCCCUGCAGAGGAUCGGACAGAGGAGCAGGAGGCUCUGAGCAAGGAGACACGUCUUCUGCUCGGUCUGUGUUUCGACUCGCGGGCUCGAUACAGAGCAUCAACGUUGCACCUGAAACAGGCGGCACAGGACUACCAAAGCGCACUGGACAUCUGCCACCAGGAGCAGGGAGACACACACCCACAGACUCUGGUGCUGAUGAGCGACCUGGCCACCGUCCUGGAUUUGCAGGGUCGCCAUGAUGACGCCCUGGCUCUGGUCCAGCGGGCUGUGGAUCUGAGCCGCUCCGCUGGACACCCGGACCAACACGUGCUGCUGGGAAACAUGGCCGGCAUCCUGCUGCACAAAGGUCGGCUGGAGGACUCAGUGCGGUUCUACCAGGAGGCUCUGGGUCUGGCUCGGCAGGCCGGAGACCAGGAGGCUGUGGACCAGAUCCAGGAGGGACUGCAGGAGGUGAAGAAGAGGAGGAACCAGGAAGAGGACAGGAAGGAGGACGAGGAGGCUGCACAGCAGUGAUUGGUUCACAGUGUGUCGCUGGACAGACUGAUUUCUCCUGAGGAGGAGGGGGAAGAGGGGGAAGAAGAAGAGGAGGAGGAGGAGGAGGAGGAGGAGGAGGAAGAAGAAGAGGAGAAGAAGGAGGGGGAAGAUGAUUAAUCAGUCAGUCCACAGCAGCAAACUAGACCUCCAGACUGGUUCCCAGGAUCCCGGUGAUCCCUUCGACCCUCUGUUCUGUUGUUAACCUCUUUGAUCUCAGUCAUGCUCUUCAGAGGAUGAACCCUGCACAUCUGUUUGUGUGUAAAAGUGAAAUAAAUCUUCUAUUGUGACGUC